GGUUUUGCCAGGCCACGUGGAAGGGCAGGUAUCCCAAGGGCUGCCGAGCACAGGCGGCCGAGGGCAGUUCAAUCAUUCGCUGGUCGCCGGGCUUUCCUCCUCCCCCGCCACAUGGAGGAGGCCCCGCGGAGGCAGCGCCCGGCUUCCAACGCCAGGUACCGGGAGCGGGGCUUCUGGGAGGCGCGGUACGAGCAAGACGGGGCCGAGCCCACCGAGUGGUUCGGGGGCUUGGAGGCUUUUCGCCAAGAGCUGGAGGCGGAACUGAAGCCGGGGGAUCGGAUCCUGGUACUGGGUUGUGGGAACAGUGCCCUGAGUUAUGAUCUUUUCCAGCUCGGAUACACAGAUAUCACCAACAUAGAUUAUUCCGCUGUCUGCAUUUCAAGCAUGCAAGACCGUUACGCGCAUUGCUCAGGGUUGCAUUGGGCGGUAAUGGAUGCCCGGUUCUUGACUUUCAUGGACGGAAGCUUUGACGUGGUCUUGGAGAAAGGCUUCCUGGAUUCCAUCAUGGUGGAAGAAAAGGAUCUCUGGAAUGUGUCCCAAGAGGCCAAGAUACUUCUGGACCAAGUCUUAACUGAGGUCGCUCGAGUCUUGCAACCCAGAGGAAGGUUUAUCUCCAUCACCUUCGCCCAGCCGCAUUUCCGUAAGCGUCACUAUGCCCAGCGUGCCUACAACUGGUCCAUCCAACACAUCAGUUACGGAAGGGACUUCCACUACUUCCUCUACGUCAUGAAGAAAGAACUUCUGAAAAUCAGGAAUAAAGGACCACCAUCCAGAUCUGCAAUGAGAGACCAUCUCGGAGGGUUGGUGCCCCAACUCAACAUUAUUCUGGCUCUUCUGCGGAGGAACUGUUCUGACCUAGGCUUCCCAAGAGCAUAAAGUCCCGACAAAAAAAAUAUUUUUAUUAAAUUACAGUGAUUUCCUCUCAUUCACAUCCAGUAAAGUCUUUCAAGGGAUAAUUUACAGUCACAGACCUUAUCUGGCUCAGAGAGCUGCCAGACCGAUAUCUUCGAAACUUGGCAAGAAAUCUCUGGGAGUCACGAACCAAUUAAGCGAACUAAUCGUCUCCUGCAAACUCCACUCCCCUUUCGCUCCUCUUUUUUUCCCUAUGGGAGGGGCCGUUCACCAUCCACGUGUGGCCUUACUCCCUAGUCGCCCCUUGUUCUUUAGCUGUUCCUUUCGUCUGGCAGCUUUACGCAUGCGAACACUGGGAAUAGGCUCCAGCUGUUCGUCUGCCUCACUGAUUUCUGACUCCGAAGGCAGCUGAUAACUGGCAUACAGGCCCUGGUUCCCUCUCUGUCUCCAACGCAGAGCCCUCAUCAGAGCCUUUCCCAGACUCCAGGACUGGCCCAUGUUCUUCCCCAACCUCCUCACAGUCCAAAUCCGCUGCCAGCUCCACUGGCCACUAGCGGACCACAACAGGAACUCUAUCAAGAGUAUGUGAAGACUCUCUAAAACCUCCGGAGUCCAAUGUUUUUUUAAAUCUUCUACAAAGCUUUAACAAAAGUCUAGUUGUCAUGUACAAUUCAUGAACUCCUAAACCCCAUUUUAACGUGGACUUCACCUGUUGUGAGAAUCCAGCCAUUGAUGUCUUUCUCUGCCGGCUCUUUUUGACUAAUUUUCUCCAACUCGGUGGCUUUCAAAUGGUCAGGGAACAAUGGGGCUUGUAGUCUUAAUGCCUCUGAUAGGCAAUGGCCUUUCCAUGAACCGUUGAAGUAUCUCAGAUUAAUUUUGCAGCCUGAAACUGAAAUUCUGCCACUGAUUUUCUACUAUGCAAAUUUUGUAUACCUGAAUGGUUAAAAAUCAAUCCUGAAUAUUUUUUUUUUCAAAGAAAUAUAUAGGUGCUAAAAUAGAAUGAUCUUUAGAUUGUAUCCUGGGGAAGGAGAACCUGAGAUAACGUUAAUAAAGGUGAAGGAGAAAGGUUUCCUGUUUCUAUACAAGUAGUCCUCGACUUAAGACCACUGUUGGCUGACUGUUGGGGGCAAGUCAUUGGCCCCAAUGGAGAGGGUGCGCAACUUGGACGUUCUCCUGGAUGGACAGCUGUCUUUUGAAGACCAUUUGACGGCCGUCUCAGGAGAGCUUUUUACCAGGUUCGCCUGGUUUGCCAGUUGCGCCCCUUUCUAGACCGGGAUGCCCUAUGCACGGUCACUCAUGCUCUUGUGACAUCUCGUCUGGAUUACUGCAAUGCUCUCUACAUGGGGCUCCCCUUGAGGAGCACCCGGAGGCUCCAGUUGGUCCAGAAUGCGGCUGCGCGGGUGAUAGAGGGAGCCCCUCAUGGCUCCCAUGUGACACCUCUCCUGCGCAGACUGCACUGGCUACCUGUGGCCUUCCGGGUGCGCUUCAAGGUUUUGGUAACUAUGUUCAAAGCGCUCCAUGGUAUAGGGCCGGGUUACUUACGGGACCGCCUACUGCCACCGACUGCCUCCCACCGACCUGUGCGCUCUCACAGGGAGGGACUCCUCAGGGUGCCGUCAGCCAGACAGUGCCGACUGGCGACACCCAGGGGAAGGGCCUUUUCUGUGGGGGCUCCCACCCUCUGGAACGAACUUCCCACAGGACUUCGCCAACUUCCUGACCUUCGAACCUUUCGCCGCGAGCUUAAGACACAUCUAUUUAUUUGCGCAGGACUGGACUAGAAUUUCAAAUUUUAAAUUUGGUUUUAACGGGGUUUUAUUAUCUUAUUGUAAUUUUUAAUAUUCGGCCUUAUUUAAUAAGUUUUUUAAUUGGUGUUUUAUUUUGUAUUUAUAUGUAUGUUUUAUUAGGCUGUAAACCGCCCUGAGUCCCUUGGGAGAUAGGGCGGUAUAAAAAUGCGGUUAAAUGAAUAAAUAAAUAAAUAAAUAAUAAAAUAAUUGAACCCAAAA